UGAACAGAAAGGGAGACGACUGCAGAAACAAAGGCUGUGGUCCGUUCUUUCUCCAGUGAAAUUGUGAAGAAAAGCACGGAAAAGCGGUGUCCAUUUCUGUCGCCAGCGUGAGUGUGUUGCAAAGCUUAAUCGAAACAGUGUAAAACAAUCCCCUGCAAGUCGUGUCACGAAGUGCCAUUAGCAGUUUUCCACCUGCAUCUUUGCGUAGGGCUAGGAAAAGCUCCCGUCUGGGUUUGGGUUUUGUGUGGACCGUUCGCUCUAGAUCGUGCUCGAUUGCGUGAAGGUUCGAGACAUUUUUGACAAACGACGACACAACCAUUCCCGUCGAUUUCUCCGUGCUGUGGUGUGUGAGAUUGUGGCAAACGGGAAAAAGGAAGUUUAGUUGUUCUUUCUACGGCAGAAGCUGAACGAAAGUCAUCGAUACAGCCCUCACACAACAAACACGGCUGUGGAAAUCGAACUCGACUGUGGGUGUGUGUGUGUGUAUUGCGUAUGUGUGAAUGUGUUGAUGAGGUGGUACUCGUCGUGCUUCUUGUUACACUGAUGGUAGUGGUGCUGGUGGUGGUGGUGGUGGUGUGAAAGACGAACAGAUGAGGUGUGCGAUUGUGGGCAAUGUUUUGUUUACGUUUCACCCCGUAUGAUUAACGCGAAGCGCACAUUGCCAAACACUCUGCCCAUCUGCUGCGUUCCCUGCCCCCUUCAUCUCGACCCCAAAAACGCGAACGAACAAGAACGAACGACAGAACGAGAGUGAGCCUGUGUGUGUGUGAGCGACGGGCUUUUCAUCGCAGCAGUCUCAGCUGAGCGACGGCAACAGUGGGAAAGCAGAAGUAGAAGAACAUCGCCGAGCGCAGCAGCAGCAGCAGCAGCAAGCAAGCAGGCAGGUCGUGUCUUUCCCGAUGCAGUGGCACUGUUUUUGGCCGAGCAUAUCGACGGCGACGGGUGUUGUCCACCUUUAAAAGGGACAGCGCGUCCCGACUGCGGUUGCAUUAAAUUCACUGCUAGUGCAAAGCCACCCCACCACAGAGUGGGUGGGUGAAAAAGGAUGAGCAGCAGCAGCAGCAGCAGCAGCAGCGACUAAAUUGUGUUCGUUCCGUGGUUGUUGUGUUUUGUUGGCAAAAUAGAGAGCGCAAAGCAAAAAAGGAAACACACGGAGCAGAGGAGCAACGAUGACGACGGCAAUGAUGAUGGUGGAUAACUUUGAGUGUGCUGGAUACACGUUCUACUCCAAGUUCGAUUCCGGCAACCUGGGAAAGGUCGAGCUGGUGCGAUGCUGUGAAGGACUCGGAAUCGUGGGCAACACGGUAUCGAGUGGGACGUCUGGUGUUCCCGUUAUCGGUUCGGGGAGCAGUGCCAUCGGGCCGGGCAGUACGAGCGCUUCCGCCAUAGUAGCAGCCACGCUGGGGAUUGGCUUGCAUCAGCAGCAGCAGCAGCAACACCAUGGACUGCUUUCGUCGGUGUCCGGAAGUGGCAGCGCUGCCGCAACGCCCGGUGCUAACGCCGGCGGGUCCCUCGGGAUGCCCAUUCCCUCGCCCACACCGCACGCGACGGAGAACCCGCUGGUGGAGGUGGAGUUCAAUCUGUGGACCCGCCCGGACUGUGCCGGCACGCCGUACGAGAAUCAGAACCGGACCUGGUUUCAUUUCGCGGUGACGGGCGGACGGCCCAACCAAAUCGUAAAGUUUAAUGUGAUGAAUCUAAACAAGCAGGCGAAACUGUUCAGCCAGGGCAUGCACCCGGUCACGAAGGUGGGACCGAACGGGCGCUGGGAACGGAUCAAAGAUAAACCAUCGUAUUCGAUUACGAACGAUGUGUUCUUCAUCUCCUUCCUGCACAAGGUGCCAGAGGUGGGCGGUGACACGACGCGGAUCUAUUACGCGUUUACGUUUCCCUUCACCUACACCGAGCUGAUGGACCAGCUGUCCACGUUCGAUCGCAAGUUUGGUCGCCAUCCGUUCGAGCUGCACAAGAUGGCGUACGACAUUUCGCAAAAGUACGACUCGCUGCCGGCGACCGCGGCGGAGGAAUCGAAAAACAUCUCCAACCUGGCACCGCACCGCCGGAAAGGGAAACUGUCGAAGAUGGAGCGCGUCGACCGUACCAGCCCGGAAUCGUUCGACGAAACGGCACGCGACGGGGUCGGCGAAGGUUCGUCGCCGGGCAAGGAAGUGUUGGCGGAGGCGGCCAAAUCGCUGCAAACCGUGCUCGGGCCCGGCGGUGCCGGUGGGAUGGUAAUUGAUGAAAACACCUCCGAAUCGAUGCAGCAGAUUACAAACCUUGUGAACAAGGUGAAAAUAGAGUUACCGCAGGGUGGUGGUGAAAUGAAACAACCCGCACAACAAGCGUCCUCGUCGGCGUCCGCAACGAAAGCAAAGUUACCGUCGUUUCACCAUCAGCUCAACGUGGCAUCGGCGGCGGCGACUGCCGCCAAUCCCUCCCCGGAGGACGAUCAGAAGGCGGACCCACGGGACGAGAUCUACUACUGCCGCGAGCUGCUGACGCACUCGAUCGAGCACCGCCGCAUCGAGCUGCUCACCAUCAGCUCCUUUCACGGGAUUCAGACGGCGCGCGAGACGCGCCUGCGCAAUCUGUUCCCGGACGAGGCGGCCCAGCGCUGCCAUACGUUUAGGGAGAAGAAGAUCGUGUUCAUCUCUUCCCGCGUGCAUCCGGGCGAAACGCCGGCCAGCUUCGUGCUGAACGGGUUUCUCAGCAUGCUGCUGGAUCGGAAGAGCAUCGUCUCGCAGACGCUUCGGCGGAUGUACGUGUUCAAGAUAAUUCCCUUCCUGAACCCGGACGGCGUGUACAACGGGCUGUACCGGUCGGAUACGCGCGGUCACAAUCUCAACCGGGUGUACAUUAGCCCCUGCCACGAGACGCAACCGGCGAUCUAUGCCGCCAGGAAGUUGAUUAGGUACUACCAUCUCGGUGUGGAUGAAGUUGAAUCGUACGAACUGGAAAAGGAAAAGGAGCACGUGCACGGGGAAGGAUCCAAGGAAGCGAUCGGUGUUGUCGAUCCCGAAAGUGCUACACCAGCCGGAGAAGGAUCCGCACCGGUGGAUUCAUCGGGAGGCAAUGUGAAAAUGGCACUGAAAAAAGUCAAACGAUUGUCCUCGACCAUGUCGCUCCCAGUGGAUGGAUCGAUUCGGAAGCGCCGCACACCGUCCCUGUCCAGCACGCCGCAGUCCACCGUAAGCGUUGCCAGCGAGCGACGGUCCGUGAUUGCUUUCGUAACGCCUGCCGAACCGGCGACUAGUUUGUCCAAUCGAGCGAAAAGCACCAUUUCCCCAUCGUCGUCGUCAUCGUCGUCAUCCGCAUCGUGGUCGGAUAAACUGUUGGGCAAAAUUUUACGCCGUCGACGUGCAAAGGCUGGCGCGUCCGGUGCCUGUGUGUCUACUGGCAGUGGCGCAAAGUUGUCCCCGAUAGCGCAAGCCCUUCCCAAACCUACACUGGUGUUGCCGGCGGUGGCGGAGGAAGAGUCAACAUCCACCGCAGAGGAGCCAGCGUUGUCGGCAGCGAAAUCGUCCCCCUCCUCACCCGAGUUGGUCUCAUCACCGACGGGGUUAACCAAUGCUAACACAACUACUACCGCUUCCGUUGCAUCGUCACCACUCACCGAUGAAUCGGAUUCAGUCGAGCAGGACACACCGGCGGCGUCCGAUUCCGGGUUCAGCGAGGCAAGCUCCACCUCGUCCUCGCUGACGUCGAAGGUUGCAUCGAGCGCCGCGCUGCCCAUUCAAUCAUCCGCCGAUUCCACUGGCAGCCCGCCCACAGCCGAUUCCACGCCGCCAGCCGUCGUGCAGCCGCAAUCGCUCGUGGCCGCUGCUACGACUGCGGCCCAAGUUUUCACCGAGAAACUCAUUCCGGAGCUAAAUCCGAUCGUUAGCGAAGGGACGGUACCCACCGCUAGCAGCAGCAACAACCUUGCACCCGCUACAGUCCGCGGUACUGCGGGCGGCCGAAGCGCUUCUAGCCUGAGCUUGAAAAAAUCAAUCCACUCGGUAACGGCCAAGGUCGACACGGGAAAGGGUGGCAUCGGCAAGAGCGCCCAUCACAAGCAGCACGUGCUGAACAAGCCACAGUUUCUCGGUGCGACCCCCGGCACGCUCAAGUUCAAGGAGUUUCUGGUACAUCCGCAUCACCAUCACCAUCACCAUCAUCACCAUCAUCACCACCAUCACUAUCUGGCGGGGGGAGGAGCAGCGGGUGGAGUAGCUGGCACGGGUGGUGCCAUGUCAGCGGGCGGAAACGCUCAAGGGCAGGUCGUAGCCACGCUGCACGGUGGCAAAAUGGCGCUGGGCGCGUUCAAAAAGGGCUCCGCAGGUGGCAAGCAGCAAGCUACGUCCUCCUCCACGUCGUCCUUGAUCGGUGUGGGUGGUGCUGGUCGAGCUUCCGGCAGUGGUGGAACUGUCCUUGGUGACGGUGGAACCACGGUGGGUGGUAAAAAUCGCCCCCAAACGCCUCAAACCAACGCUGCACAGUACAGCCAUUAUCGAUCGCACCGCAACGAGUACCUUAAUCCGGUGAUGGGCGGCGGUGGCGUUGGCGGUGUGCCGCGCAGCCUGAACAUUAGCCUGGACUUUCUGGCCCAGCUGGACGAGCGGCACGAUCGGGUGGUGUACGAGGACCGUAGCAAUCUGUUCAUGUACAUCGAUCUGCACGGGCACGCCUCGAAGAAGGGCGUGUUCAUGUACGGGAACCAUCUGCCGAGCACGGUCGAAGCGGUCGAGUGCAUGCUGCUGCCGCGGCUGAUGAGCCUCAACUCGCAGCACUUCCAUUUCGAUGCGUGUAAUUUCAGCGAGCGCAACAUGUACUACAAGGGUAAGCGGGACGGUCUGUCGAAGGAAGGAUCGGGACGUGUGGCCGUGUACAAGAGCACCGGUUUGAUCAAGAGCUACACGCUGGAAUGCAACUACAACACUGGCAAGUGCGUCAACAUACUGCCACCCCGGGGUAAGGAGAUUGUGGCCAAAACGACGCACACGCUUGUACCCCCGAAGUAUACGCCGGCCGUAUUCGAGGAGGUUGGGAAAGCCCUCGGACCAUCCAUUUUGGAUCUCACCAACUCGAACCCACUGUCCCGAUUGCCGAACUGCGAGUUUCGCACCCUGCAGGGGCUGCGCAACGCGCUGCGGAUCGAAAUCGAGCGCGGCUCGUCGAAGGCACGCGUCACCAAUAAGACCCAGAAGUCCCACACGAAGCGGCUGGCCAAUCAGCUGUCCUGCUCGAUAGACGUAGCGAAGGAAAACGCAAUCCAGUGGGAUCAUUCGCUCGGCGCACCGGUGGUCGGUGUGGCCGGCGGCGCAGGGCAGCAAACGGGUGUCCCCGGCCCGACCGUCGCCGUCGCGAGCAAGAUGGUGGGUGAUCCGGAUGCGGCCACACUGUUACUAGCCGGUGGAGGGGGUGGCACCAGUGGCGCGUCCGGUGCUACCGGUGCCGGAUCGACGCAACACCCCCGGCAGGUGCUGAAAGCGAGCGGUUCAUCGGUGACGCUUAAAACGACACACGUGGUCGGUGCCGGUGGAGCCGGUGGAAAGAUUUCCCGCAAGGUCGGUGCCUUCGGUAAGCCGAAAAAAUCAAAAGUCCUGUGCGAUGUGAGCGGCACCGGUGGUGGUGUUGGUGUCGGUGUGGGUGGUGGCGUUGUUGGGGCGGUGGGCCCCGGUGGUAAGAAACUCCAGGAGCUAAUGCUCCGCAGCACGAAGGAACAAGUGCCUCGCAAAAAGAUCAAAGUAUCGGCCCAGCAGGCCUCGGAGCUGUGCUUUAAGGGUGGCAUUGGGUCGGGCUCGCUGCCCAACUUCCUCACCGUGGUGCCGGGCACGCUGGCCGACCUUCCGGCACUGGGCGCGGGCAAGAAGGUGAAAUCGGAAAGCAAACUACUGGACGUGAACGAUAUGCAGUGCGAUGAUAGCUUCGAUGCGGCACCGUGCUGUUCGUACACCGGUGGUGGCACUGCGUCACCGGGCACCACGAUCGUUACCACCACGCACGCUGGCAUCUCGAAGCUGAUCUCGACGUACACACAGGCAGCAGCAAGCGAGCUGCACACGACGGUCGGCGGCACCACGGUCACAACGGAAGCGUUGAUUUGCAGCGGUGGUGGUGUUGGCGGUGGUGUCGUUGGUGGCGGCAGCGUUGGUGUCGGUGAUGUGGUCACGGCUUCGUCUUCGAUGGGUCCUUCGAUGGAGAGUGUUGUUGUCGGUGUUGGUGGUGGUGGUGGUGCUGGUAGCAUCGCUAGCGGGAGUGGCGGUAGCAGCAGUGGCGAAGGGAAGGUCGGCACCAAGUUUGGCAAGGGUACGCUCAAGCCUAAGCAAACCAAGCUGGCCAAGUCGACCAAAUCGGGCACCGAUGCCGGCGGGAAGAAGCUGCUGAAGAAGAAACGCUCCCUUAAGACGGACUCGAGCUUGAAGCGAAAGAAGACGCGUGUUAAGCCGGCCCUGACGUAGACGGAGCAACCGAACCGAGUAGGCGGCGUGUGUGGUGUGUGCAAUCAGUGAGAGAGAGGGAGAUGGAGAGAGCGAAUAGAUGUGUGUCUUCCCGUGUAAAAGAAGCAAAUAGGGCGAAUGGGAGAGAGAGAGAGAGAGAGAGGUUCUUUGAAGAAGAAGAGAUAUUUAUUUGAACGAAUCAGUAUAUAUUUUUUAUACGCAUGUGUGUGUGUUUGUGUGUGUGCUUCCUCGCUCGACCACCGAACGCAGUUGAACGCAGCCACUGAAAGUGGAAAACGUAAAUUUAGUAUAUUUCUGUUUGUUUAUGUUUCCUUUCGUUCUUUCUCUAUCUUGUUAUACACUUUCUGACCUUUGAACUUUCGUUCCACGUAAAGAAACAAAAAAAAAGUACAACACCGCUUACGCGUCCGUGCCGAUUGAGUGUGUGAUAUUUCUCGUGUAUUAUUUUGAGUGUGUGCGUGAGUGUUUUUUUAUAAACAAUAAUAAUAUUUUAACUUUAUUUCUUUGUUGCUUUUUAUACACUACUUUUUUUGUUUGUUUUGUUAGACAUGUAAGCAAAGAGAGUGAACCCAUUCUCCUCUUCUGUUCUGUUGUUAGACGGGCGAGACUACGGGCAAGCACUAUACUACAUUUACUAACUCUCCACUACGAUUCGUGAAAGGUGUAGAAGCAAAGUAUGUUUUUUGACUGAUGAAAAUAGGUCGUGACAGAAGAUAUAGGUCGUUUGCUUGUAGCCACACACACGAACAUCGUAGCUCGUAGCCGCUGGUGGAACGAAUCCAAAAAAACAAAACGCUCGCUUUUAAACACCAUGGUUGGAGGAAAAAAGAAAAAUACAAAAAGUGUGCGAGGUGAUAUGCCGUUUGCUUUGUAAGAUUUCGCAUUAUUCAUUUAAUUUUCUCCUUGUUCAUUGAUUCAUUUAAAACAUUACUAUCCUUGUACCUAUAAUUAUAAGCACGUAGGGAGGAGUAGAGCAGAGCCCCAACGAGCAAAAAUGUGCGCACGAAGGAACAGGUUGGCUUGUGUGCUGCGUACCUGUGAAGCAUUUGCGCGCGGGUUAGUAGUAGAAACACCAUGGAAACGAAGCGUAACAGUGGUAGUAGUGUAGUAGGCAGGCCAGCAGCAUCAAAUCGUAGUAGGUGCGAGUAUGAAAUAAAAACAAACCCACCACCACCACACCACCCCACAAAUACUACACAAAUACAUACACGAAAGUGAAAACGUUUAGAUAGAAAGCAUAUUAGCAAUCAAAGGAAAAAAUAAAACAGUACUCGCAAGAAAUGUAACCCUAACAGUAAUAAUGGCAUUUUAAAAGAGAGAGAGAGAAAAUUAAAUCCUUCUGCAAAAACAAACGUCGCGCGUGCUACCACCACCAACACACCAGCCACGUAGAACGUUUUUGCAUGCAUUUUCUUUAUUAGAUAUUUAUCGUUUUGUUCGGUUAAUUCAGUUAGGCUGUUAGGCAGUUAGGAUCGUGAUUUAUCCCACCCGCCCACAAAAUCUCCCUGCAUCGUGUUUUAUGUGUGUGUGUGUGUGCCUGUACGUUGCAAAAGCAUUACCAUUUAUCCAUAGCAGCAGCAGGCUGGCAAGCAGCACAAGGAGCGGUAGAAGAAGAAUGUGGAACAGCUGAUAUGCAUAAGUAAACAAAUCAGCAAACAAACAGACACGCACACAUACACACAGGCAAGCAUAUUUGCAAGAGAAAGCGCAAGAGGAAGGAAACCCUCCCGAAGGAGUAAACAAACAAACAAAAAACGGGAAUGGUAAACAGAGAAAGACUUAUAUAUGGCAACAUCGUGAUAAGAGCAAGAAACAUUUAUGAAAAUGAGAAGAAUGGAUUCAAUAAAAAGAACAAAAAAAAAUCACACA